ACCGUAAGUGAAGCCGGUGGCGUGGGUACUGGCUCCGCACAAAUCCGCGCCUUGGGCAGCAGUUUCUACGGAAAGGCGGCACUUAGCAAUUUGGGGAGAACAGAGACCCAACUUCGGAUCUCCCAGCGGGUAAUUGCCCGCCCCUAGUCUCCCUCCCCCUGGACUUAGAAAUGCUUUACCUGAUCGGCUUGGGCCUGGGAGAUGCCAAGGACAUCACAGUCAAAGGCCUGGAAGUUGUAAGACGCUGCAGCCGAGUGUACCUGGAAGCCUAUACUUCCGUGCUUACUGUAGGGAAGGAAACCUUGGAAGAGUUUUAUGGAAGAAAAUUGAUUCUUGCUGAUAGAGAAGAAGUGGAACAAGAAGCAAAUAAUAUAUUAAAGGAUGCUGAUAUCAGUGAUGUUGCAUUUCUUGUGGUUGGUGAUCCAUUUGGGGCCACAACACACAGCGAUCUGAUUCUGAGAGCAACAAAGCUGGGAAUCUCUUACCGAGUUAUUCACAAUGCUUCCAUAGUGAAUGCUGUAGGCUGCUGUGGUUUACAGUUGUAUAAGUUUGGAGAGACGGUUUCUAUUGUUUUUUGGACAGACACUUGGCGACCAGAAAGCUUCUUUGACAAAGUGAAGAAGAACAGACAAAAUGACAUGCACACCUUAUGUUUACUAGACAUCAAAGUAAAGGAGCAGUCUUUGGAAAAUCUCAUCAAGGGAAGGAAGAUCUACGAACCUCCUCGGUAUAUGAGUGUAAACCAAGCAGCCCAGCAACUUCUGGAGAUUGUUCAGAAUCAAAGAACACGAGGAGAAGACCCAGCAGUCACUGAGGAGACACUGUGUGUUGGCUUGGCCAGGGUUGGAGCUGAGGACCAGAAAAUUGCUGCUGGCACUUUGCAGCAGAUGUGCACUGUGGAUUUGGGAGGACCGCUGCAUUCCUUAAUCAUCACAGGAGGCAGCAUGCAUCCACUGGAGAUGGAGAUGCUAAGUCUGUUUUCUAUAUCAGAAACCAGCUCAGAAUCCCAAAGCAUCGAUGGACUCUGAACGUGGACAUUUUCUAUUUUGGAUGUACAUUUCAGUCAAUGUGUUACAUACCCAUUUGUAUAACGAAUAGAACAGGUCUUUUGGUUUGCCUAAUAAGUAUCCAACAGGUGACUAAAAAGAAAGAUGUUGACUCAACAAUGUUUGGUUUCCUGUGGCAAUGAGUAUUUUCCCUCUGAUAUCAUCAGUCGUUCCUGGUAUUUGGCAGUUUUUCAGGAUGUAUGCACAUGAAGCCGACCAAACUGGAAACUUGUAAAUAGUCACCCAUAAACACUCGUUUAAAAGCAGUUUUUCUUUAUGAAACCAGUCUACACGAGGUGGGACUCUCUUCCUUCUUAAAAAGUCUGCUGUCCUCACAGCAGUUAAUAUUAGUGCAUAUAAACAGAGUUGGGAAGAAUAAGUUCUACUUACUUAAAGCUCAUCUGAGCACAUGCCCAAAAUGACAUCAUUCCAAAUUGCCUUGUCUUAUUCAGCUGACAUCCUAAUUAUGUAGCUCAUAUUCUACUGUAUUUUGGAGGUUAUAUAAUUGUUGAAUUAUAAAUGUUCAGCCAAUCAUGUAAGUUGCUCUUUGGUUUUAAAUAACAACUUUCACAUCCAAGCUGACAAAUGGAAAACUUUCAGAGUACAAAAUAAAAUUUGACAAAAUUUAAGUUUAAAGACAACAGUGGAUUAGUCAAGAUUCGUCAUGUCACUUAACUCAGUUAAUAUGCCACUAUAUAUGGAUGAAAGUAGUCACGUUCUUCUUACUAGUUGUGAAUAACACUCCAUUUAUUAUAUUUCAUGACCACAGAGUUUUAUACGUUUUGUUCCUAACAUAAAUAGCUUUCUUACCUACUAGUUUAGUUGGUCUAACUCUGAGGGUUUCCAUGGCCUCAACUUACCUGACUUCUUUGCUCAGUAAAUUUGUUGGAAGUUGAACAAAUACUUCUCUACUUCCUGGGAGCACCAAUUAACAAGAGAUUAUUUUGAUUUAUUUCAUUGGAGGUAAAAGGUUGUUUACUGUAUAUGAAACAUUCUAUUUUCAAGCUAUUGGACACAAAAGGGGAGAGAGCUAAGGACAUUUAGACACCAGUUCUGUGUUGUUUUCUUUUGAGGCAUUAAAUCAAACAUUUAAAGAUUAUAAUAAAA